CAGUACACCUGCAUAGAGCAUUAAGAGGGGUUACAAUCAUUUUAAUUCUGGGCAUGUCGACUGUCGAGGAGUGCAGUCAGUGACAGCUAAACGGUUCCAUAACAGCUAGUAUGCUUAUGGAGGAGAAUGAGCCGAGCGUCCAGCAGUAGACUGUCCGUGCUGCCACUGAGAGUGGCUGACAACCGAACAAGUAUGGUCAAUGCCACUCCACAAAGCAAAGACUCUGGCUUCGGAAAGCUGAACAUUCCAAAACCUCAGUCUGGUACAUCCGAGAGGCGGACAAGCUUUUUUGGAAAGAGGGCCAGUGGGACUGGCAUGCCUCGUAACAGCAGUAUAGGUACAUUUGGAGGGGCUGAGAAGAUCAAGGACCCCCGACCCCUUCACGACAAACAAUUUGUCCAGCAAUGCAUAAAAGACCUGUGUGAGUUUCUUUCAGAGAAGGGCUUCCCUGGCACAGUGUCAGUUAAGUGCCUCCAGUCCCCGUCCACCAAGGAGUUCCUGAAGAUCUUUGGGUUCAUUUACAGCCUCCUGGAUCCCACCUUCCAGUUGCCGACAUCCAAAAUAGAGGAGGAGAUUCCCCGAAUGCUCAAAGACUUGGGGUAUCCGUUUGCCCUCUCAAAAAGUUCCAUGUAUUCAGUCGGAGCCCCUCAUACCUGGCCACAGAUCCUCGGGGCUCUGGUGUGGCUUAUUGAUACUGUGAAGCUCUUCAACUCCAUGAGAGAACAAGACCUUCUCUUUUCCGAUAUUUCUGACGGUAGCUCUGAGAUUGAGGAUGGAGUCGAAUUCAACAAGCUGUUUCUUGAGUACACUUCUGAGACCUACGACCGUUUCAUGCAAGGUGCAGACACCUUUGAAGAGGAGGAUCAGGAAUACCUCACUAGACUGAAGAAACUUUAUAAUGUGGAUGAAGCCCUUCUGGAAUCUAUGGCUGAGAAACACAGUAUUCUGACUGAGGAGGUUGAGAGGCUUGAGAAAGAGAGCCAACAGGAUCGGUUAAUGGCCAAAAGGACUGAGAAGCUCAAGUUUCAGACAGAUCAACAGAAAAUGAGAGAUUAUCUCAGUAAAACAGAGGCCUUCAAAUCUAACUUUGAGAACAAAGCGGCAGAAAUAGCCGAGGAGCUGGAGGCCACAGGUCUUCAGAUAGAAACUCUGAAGCAGGAGCAAGCCAGGCUCCAGCACAUACUGGUGAACCAGAAGUUUUCGCCCGCGGACAUCGAGAGGAUCAACCGGGAGAGAAACGAGCUCCAGCACACAAUCAACACCCUGAGCAAGAGCCAGGAGGAGGCCGAGCAGCACAUGUGGAACGAAGAGAUCGUGCUGGCCAAGGCCAAGGAGAGGGUUGAAGUAAAGCUUGGAGAAUACCACAAGCUUGCGCGUAAACUGAAGCUUAUCCCCGCAUCUGCUGAAAAUGCCUGUGGGCGGGAUUUCGAGAUCAAGGCCGCCACAGACUACGGGCCAUCCAUGACAGCGCAAUACAAAGUUCAGAUUCAGAAUCCUCUCAGGGAUAUGAUUUCUCACAUUGACGAGGAGCUAAGUAGACUCGCCAACAAGAAGUUAAGUCUGGAGGAGGCUGUGGAACAGCUGACGUCCAACAUUGCGGACAAGGCUAAUGACAUAAAGCAGCUGAAGGAGGAAAUCAGAAGAAUUGAUGAGCAGCUUGAAUACGACAUGCAGGAGAGUGCUCGUGAUGAGGAGAAAUGGGCCAAAGAUCUGGAGUCGAUGGAGAACAACAAGAGACUCUUGGAGAAGAGGGUUACCGAAGGCUACGACAACGCCGUGAAAGAGCUCAAGGCGGUGCAGCAGCAGUAUCACCUGGUCCUGCUAGAGACCAAUGAGAAGCGCAGGACUGUGGCAAACAAUCUCUACAAUGUGUUCACUACAGCAACCAACCACCUGUCCAUCGUGGAGAACUCCUUAGAGGAUCAGCACAAAAGGUGGGAGAGGCUCUACAAGGAGAAACUACAGGAGGAUGAAGCUGAACAGAGAGAACUGAAAGAGAUGGUGGAAAGCUCCAUAGCAAAAGCUAAUGCUUUAUAGUGCCGCCUGUCAGAUUGCCUUGGAAGGUAGAUUGAGUGUAUAUAAGUACAGCUGGUGCUGUGGCUUCCACUUCUGGAAUGACUGAUAUUAGAAAUUAAAGCCUUUUUUUAUUUAUUUUUUUUAAACCUAAUAGCAUGAAUAGGGAGAUGAUGGGAAAUGGAAGCUCCAGCAACCCUACCUGAGGAGAUGGCUGUAGUGUCAUUUUACUGCCAAGAGAAGAGGGUUACCAUUUUACUGUUUGUAUUUGUUUCUCUUUGUUUUUCCAUUUGUUUAUGUUGAAGAUCAAAAUAUAAUAAAGUGUAUCAUUUCA